CAAAUCAUUCAUUCUAGCUAACUUCCGAUCACGAAUUUCUUGUUCUCUUAUCGCCGUCGUCUUCAUCGCGCCAAUCCUUCUUCUUUCUCUCUUUCUCUCUCGCUGGGAACUCCGGCAUGGGCCAAGUCUUCGGUUCCAUUCAAGAUAUGCUCCACGGGAGGAAGUGGAGGGAGCGGCAAAUUAGGAAAAUUACCGACAAGGUGUUCGACCGUAUCAAAGAGGAUUCCGGCAAGGACACUCUCACCUUCGAGGAUGUUUGCAUCGCCGUUCUCUAUGUCUACAACGAUAUCAACAAAUACUUGCCUGGUCCUCACAAUAAUCCGCCCUCGAAGGCUGAGCUCAGGGCUCUGAUGCAGGAAUAUGAUGUGAAUUUAAAUGGUCUUCUUGAUCGUGAAGAAUUUGCGGAUUUCAUCCAGAAACUGACUACUGACAUGCUGACAGCGGUUAGCAGGAACCUGGUAAUUGCACUGAUAGUUGCCCCAGCUGUUGCAUUGCUAACCAAGAGGGCCACUGAGGGAGUCCCUGGAGUUGGCAAAGUUGUGCAGAAGGUGCCCAAUUCUGUGUAUGCCUCUGUUGUUACACUUGGAGUUGUUCUGGUCCAGAACUCAAGUGAAGGGUUUGAGUAAACUUGAUAGUUGUUGCUGAAGAUCAAUUAUAAAUGAGGAUAUGUUUUUUUUUUAUCUUCUUUUGUAAAGAAAAGUUAAUGUAUAUAGGUACUCUGUUUGCUUGGAGAAUGAUAUUUGCUUUGCUUGUUUGCUAAAAACAUAAAAUAGAGUUAGAAGACAAUUUGAUGUAUCUCUGUCAUUUAUUUGUUGUUAAUUAACUUUAAUUGCUUCA